AUGUCAGUGCUCACCCAAGUUGAAGAGGGAAGGAUCAUCGGAGGUUAUCCCUGCCUCCCCCACUCUCAGAACUGGCAGGCCUUUUUGAGAGGAACAUUCAUUUGUGGGGGAGUUUUGAUUGCGCCAUCCUGGGUGGUUACUGCCGCACACUGCUUUGGAGGCAACAUUCUUGUGCACCUGGGGAAACACAACCUGAAUACCCGGGGGAAAGGGCAGCAGAUCCGGAGGGUGGCCCAGUACUUCUGCCAUCCUCAGUAUGACCGCAGCACCUUCAACAAUGACAUCAUGCUGCUGAAGCUCAGGAGGCCUGUGUCCAUCAGCCCGACAGUGGCUCCUCUGGGACUGCCUUCAGCUUGCUCAGCCCCCGGAACAACAUGCAUCGUGUCCGGCUGGGGCACUGUGACCACUCCCAAAGUAACCUACCCAGAUGUCCUGCAAUGUGGGAACGUCAGGAUUAUCAGCCAAGAGCAGUGCACAGCCUCUUAUCCACAAUACAUCACUGGCAACAUGGUGUGUGCUGGGGUGCCUGAAGGUGGCGUGGACACCUGCCAGGGCGAUUCUGGAGGGCCGCUGGUCUGCAAUCAGCAGCUGGAGGGGAUUGUCUCCUGGGGCUUGGAGAAGUGUGCCCAGAGGAACCGGCCGGGCGUUUACACUCGCGUAUGCAACUAUGUCACAUGGAUCAGAGAAGUCAUGCAAUGGAACCGACCCUGAGGACAGAGCUCAUCUUAUCCA